AGGGUCACAGACCGUUGCUGACAGGCGAAGUGUAUGGACCAGUCUAAGCUAUCGGGAGUUAUCUGCUGCAAGCUUCCGAUCUAACCACUGACAGAAGCGAGCGUUCGAACAGGCUACGGAAUCAAGCCUUUGUGAUUGAGCUAUCAGCCGCCGUUUCUGGAAAUGUUUGCUUUUUGAAAUUACUAACAUAUUUUCCUUUCAAUUUUCGCUUUGAAAACCUAGCAUUCAUCUUUUGAGCAUUCAUCUGAAGAAGCGACCUAUUUUAAAAAUGAAUAGCUCAAAUAUAUCUACGAAUGGUACAGUGCCGCGCUGUUAUGAGCUGAGUGGUUCCAAGUUCUGUAUGGGCAAAGAUGAAUUUAUAAAUUCGAUUCUGAAGGAACACAUUUUUCCUACAACGACUGAAUGGGUGUUUGUGUUCCUCCACAUCAUUGUGUUUUUGGUGGGUGUUCUUGGUAACUUCUUGGUGUGUUUCGUUGUAUGCAGGAGCAAACACAUGCAGACAGUGACUAACUUGUUCAUUGUGAAUCUGGCUGUUGCAGACUUCCUUGUGUUUAUUACAUGUGAACCUCCAACUGUACUACAGAACAUUACAGAGACAUGGUUCCUUGGGGAGACACUCUGCAAGAUCGUAAUAUUUUCACAGACUCUAACUGUCUGCGUGUCAGUCCUGACACUUUGCUGUAUUGCUGUGGAGAGGUAUUACGCCAUCUGCCGACCACUCAGUUCGGACAUAACCUUCAGGAAAGUAUCUAUAACAAUGGUUGUCAUCUGGAUCGCUGGAUCUCUGGUAGCACUGCCCAAUCUGAUUUUUAUGGAGAUCACGAAGACGUAUGAGGACAUCGACAAUUAUCUGGUGUACAAUCGCAUGAGUUGGUCGUACACAACCGAUGUGGCCUACCAAGUAUUCUUGGCAUUGGCGAACUACGUGGUGCCAUUAAUCCUCAUGACCAUUGUAUAUUCUAUCGUAUCCUAUACUCUCUGGAGUGCCAAGGCUCCUGGUGCUGAAAAUCUAGGUCGUUCAAACUCUAAAGCUGUACACAAUUCUGCUGAUUCACAGCUCAUAGCAAGAAGGAAAGUUGCGAAGAUGUUAAUGGCAAUAGUCGGGAUCUUCUUCGUGUGCUAUCUGCCUCUCAAUUUGUUGUUCGUUGCCAGAUUUACUACUCUGCUUGGGAAAGCCCAAGAAAACUCAAAGCUUCUCCCCGGCAUCUUUCUCUUCUCUCAUUGGUUGUGCUACUUCAACAGUGCCAUCAACCCGGUCAUUUACAAUUUCAUGAGUGUGAAAUUUCGAGAAGAGUUCCGUCGCGUAUUUUCCUGUCAGCCCCCUCCUAAAAGCGGUCGCCUCUUUCCAUCCACAACCUGGACGUCCUCGGUAAACAGCGGAACGCAUUGCUCUGACAAACUGAUCGCCAAAUCAACUUACAGGUCAACGAAGAACAAAGCUGCCAAUGUGUGAAUGUCACAGGUUUGACCAAUACUGCCCCAAAGUACUUGACCAUGGUCAAGAAGAAUCGGGCCUUUGAGACACUUAUGCCUCGGUGAUUACAAAUCCAGGAUAACAUGGUAGUGCCUCGGCAGGACAGAAAGUUUCCUGUUCUAUGGACCUGGGAGAAUUUCGAUAACGGGUUGCAGUAAACCCCGAGGUAAUGGAAGAUUUCGGGUUGUACUUGUUCUGAAACAAGUCUACGUCGCUAGACCUCCUUGAGUGGCAUCUCGAAAUCCAAAGGGACACAUUGGGUGAUGGAUUGAAGCAUCAAGGUUACAGAUUUGCUGAAGCAUACAAACAUCAACUGAUUGCUGCCUGUUUGAACAAUGUGCAAAUCAGUGAUGCUAAAUACCCUUUGAGAAUAAGGCUUAUGUACUGACGAACAUUUUUGUCGUAUAAUCACAGGAUAUAUAAAGGGAGUUGUUUUCCGCCUACGUAACAGAACUUACAGGUUGUGAAACUGCCCAAAAUUAUAUCAUCGGACGACAUGUAGUCGAUCACAAUUGGUAAAGGUGCUUAUUGAGAUUGUGCAGUCUGGUUUGGAGUAUUUUGCACGUCCCCAGACGAUGUAAUAUUCAGACCCUCAGUCAUAUUCAGCAAAGCCCUGAGAACAAACUGAUGUCUUAAUGUUAUUUUACAUGUUUCCUUUAAACGUUCACCAAAGAGUUAUAAAUACUUUCUGGGCCCAUUGGACAUUUAAUUCCUCUAUUUUAAUUAAGACCUGGAUACAUAAUUUCUUAACUUCAACCGAAGCAAAAUUACCCUGUUAAGUGUUUCUCGGGAACCUUGGAGUGCAUUGAUCCCUAAUAGAUUUUACGUAGCAAAUCAAUUUCUAAUUUAGGUCUGCCCUUGUGUGUAGUGUACUGCAAGACGUCCCUAAAGGUAUGGAGGCUUCGACAACUGAACCUUCUAAUAGGUACCGAUUACACUGACGUUGCUUUGUUUGCACAAGCAUCUCGCACACAUCGUGUUGCCGGCAUUUAUUGACUUCUUGACAAUUUGAUUUGAAAUAUUUAACCUCAUUUGGAAUAGAGAUUUCAUCAUGUUCCAGGAAUUUGCUAAUGUUACCGUGUUUGUUUUUGGUAAGCGAAGCUGCGUCGACAUUGAAAAUAUACCAUAAAGAAAAGCUUUAAUGUGAAGUUUAGCUCUGUCUUUGUCAAUAUGAACUCAUGAGCGUUUAUCGUCCUAAACCAGAAGUUUGCAUGUCAUCUUUGUGCAUAAAUGUCCUUUGAUGGAUUUCUCCAUAUGUAAAUAUGUACAUGAACGCUUGCCCCGACCCUGAUGUAUUACACAGUAGUAAUUGAUACGUUAAUUUGGACACUUGCACCUUGUUUUCUGCUAAGUCUAUGAUAUAUGCUGUUGGAAAGACUGACCAGCGAGACAUUGAGAACAUGAGACAUAGAUAUCAAAUUGUGCGAGAAUAUGGGUUUGCAAUAUUUUGCACCAAUUUCGGAAUAUAUUAUUUGAUAUAGAGGGUCAUUUUCGUUCAAUUAUCAUCUAAUAAAUGUACGUUUGACAUCAAUGUUUCGAAUCAUUCCCGUUAUUAUAUCAAUCUGUGCUUUUAUCGUGGUUGUAGUCAUAUGAUCAGAUUUUCCGCUUAAAUGUUCCUGUUGACAGAAUCCCACAAUCAAUGAACGUGGUACACACUGACCGACACUAAACAUGCUUCUAGUUGUAUGGUGCAUCUAAAAAAUAAAAAAAACCUUUUGCGUCAUGAAAGUAAGUUAUCCUUGAGUAAUUUUGCUUCUUAUUAGGAUUUAUUGUACAUGAAGAACAUUGUUAUGUCUUUUCUUUCAUCGUGGCAAGAAUUAAGAUACCUAAACAGGGUCUGGUAAGUGAGACAGCAUGGCCCCUAUUUAGCAUAUUUAUCGAUCAAUUCUUGCCACGAUAGCUGCAACGUUUCAGAUCGAAGAGGUUUGUGAAGUAUGUUGCAAAAUCAGUCCGAUAUUAGCCUUGUGAUAAGAUAACAUUUAUUUCAAAGGUAAAAUACAGAUACGACAUAUGUAAGUCGUCUUGACGUUAAUUUAUGAUUCAUUAGAGACCAUGUUUGGCCAGUUUUGACUGUCAGUGAGAAUUGUUGCAAGUGAUGAAUUUUGGAAGCUUUAUGUCAUGAUCGUCCAGGAAGAGUGAGUGAGUGAGUUUGGUUUUACGCCGUUUUUAGCAAUAUUCCAGCAAUAUCACGGCGGGGGACACCAGAAAUGGGCUUCACACAUUGUACCCAUGUCGGGAAUCGAACCCGGGUCUUCAGCGUGACGGGCGAACGCUUUAACCACAAGGCUACCCGACCGCCCCUCGUCCUGGAAGAAAUAAGACAUGCUCGGAAAUGUCUUUGUUCUAACUCCGUGCCUGUUACCUGUUGUCGUUCGCCUGUUGUCAUAGUUAUAGGUGUAUAUGUAGCUUGAUGAGAUGCUCCAAUAGUGUACCCAAGGGCGUUAGUUUUCAGUGACGUGUUUCUCAUGGAUCGACCGACGGUUUACACUGUCGAUGUAUUUGUUAUUAUUACCGUUAACUCAAACUCGACUUUGGAAACACUGCGGAAUAGGAAAGAAAUUAGGGCUGGAAACGACAACGUCUACGACACUGUUCUCAGCUAAUGUGAAGAAAUUGUAAAUCACUUGGAACUUUAUUUUUGAUCCUGACGGACCGUACAUUUCAAUUUUUUAUAAUCUGAGGGUUUCGUGCAAACACACCACCUCUUUAGCAAAUAUUUUAUUUCAAAUAAGCAAAUGCAUGAAACUCACGGAAUGCGAAUUGAGUCAUGUUAAUUUUAUUGAGUGAAGUAUAAUUAAGAAUUACAGUCACAUUAUUAUCCUCAACAAGUUUGUGGCCAAUAACGUUUUCUCUAUGCUACAUCUGGUGUGCAACAUACAUCUACAUGGAACCACGAAACAAAUAGAGAAUCCUAAUAAUGUCCGUAAAUGUCACAUAUGUCAAAGUGGUACUUGUGUGCUCUUUCUUGAUGAUUUUGCCUCGUAAAACCUGAUCAUGCGUCCCUCCAUCGUGUGGCCUUUAACAAUGACGUCACACACCAAUAGCCUCGAUUUCAACAAAUCACAUGUUUAGCAAAGCGUCAGUUUCAAGCUUUUGUUAAUGGUUGCAUAUUAGAACAUUUAAACACUAGAUACACAAUGUAAGUUGAAAUGACCAAUGAUUUACGUCAGACGAUGCAAUAAUAUAUCGUACUAAUAUAUCAUAUUGUUAAGGCUAUAGAGUAUUCAAUGUAGGGAAUUCGAUGCACAAGGUAAUACGUAAAAGAUGGGGUGAGGUGGAAUGGGGUUUAACGUCGCGUCCAAGAUUAUUGCACUUAUAUAGCGACGUGCAUGCACAUGUGUGUGUGGCUGCUUGUACUAGUCCGGACUGAUGCCGAUUUAUAG